GUUCCGCACAGAGGUCAACUAUGAUGUCCUGGAGGUGCGGGAUGGACGUUUUCCCUCCUCACCUCUAAUUGGUAGUUACCAGGGUACCCAGGUUCCUCAGUUCCUCAUAAGCACCUCCAACUUUCUGUAUCUCCUCUUCUCGACCGACAAGAGCCACUCUGACAUCGGCUUCCGCAUUCGUUACGAAACCCUGCAGUUGCAGUCGGAUCACUGCGUGGACCCUGGUAUACCUGUCAACGGACAGCGGCACGGCAAUGACUUCUACGUGGGCGCUUUGGUGACAUUUAGCUGUGACGCGGGGUACACACUUAGUGACACAGAGCCCUUAGAAUGUGAACCCAAUUUUCAGUGGAGCCGCCCCCUGCCUAGCUGCGAUGCAUUGUGUGGAGGUUAUAUCCAGGGCAACUUUGGCACCAUCCUGUCACCUGGCUUCCCAGACUUCUACCCACACAACCUGAACUGCACGUGGAUAAUCGAGACCUCCCAUGGCAAAGGUGUCCAGUUCACUUUCCACACCUUCCACCUCGAGAGCCCUCACGACCAUUUGCUGGUGACAGAGAACGGCAGCUUCUCUCAGCCUCUGUGGAGACUGACGGGCUCAACACUGCCUCCACCUCUCAGCGCAGGCCUGUUUGGAAACUACACGGCUCAGAUCCGCUUUCUCUCUGACUUCUCCGUUUCCUACGAGGGAUUCAACAUCACUUUCUCCGAGUAUGAUUUGGAGCCAUGUGAGGAUCCUGGCAUCCCACCCUACAGUACUAGAAAGGGACUACAGUACGGAGUGGGUGACGCCCUCAUCUUCUCCUGUUUCCCGGGUUACCGACUCGAGGGUCCGGCGAGGGUGAUUUGCUUGGGGGGCAGGAGGCGGGUGUGGAGUUCCCCUCUGCCAAGGUGUGUUG